GAGCGCUGAGCAGCCAGCAAGGUUACACAUGAGAAGUCUGAGGAGGAAUUAAACAAAGCGCAGAGAGGCAGAGAAGGGGAAAGAACAGGUAGAGUUGGUUAGGUUUCAAUCUCACCUCACAGCUAAUUACUACCUUUCUCACUGUGGUGAAAGAAAGCAAACAGAAACUAAGUGAGGAAAAACAGCAAACAGAAAGGGCAGCUGAGGGCAAGAGAGGAGAAAGCAGAAGUAACAAGAAAAGGAGGGGGAGACAGCAGUUAAAAAGUCUGGUACAGGAGAUUAAUUGAGCAAGAGAAACAAAAAAGGAGAGGCGAGCCUGAGAGGAGUGAGCAAAAAGGGAGGAAAGUAAGAAAACAACAGAGAUACUCAUUGACAGAGAGGUCUGGACUUAACUCCAUGGAUUACUGACAUCAGCAAAACAAAGGAAGAGGAGCGUAAGAAAAGAGGUCACUGCGGUCCAGCAUCAGUGUAGCUUGCCUGAGCCCGUCUACUAUGCAACAAAGACAGCUGAGAUAGACAGACUCAAGCACAGACACAGUUCUCAAAGACAGUCCUCACUGUAACAGCACCAUGUUGAUGAAAGAGUACCGCAUAUGUAUGCCACUUACUGUGGAUGAGUACAGGAUUGGGCAGCUGUAUAUGAUCAGUAAGCACAGCUGUGAGCAGAGUGGUGGGGGAGAAGGGGUGGAGGUGAUGAGGAAUGAGUCAGAUACUCACCCCCAGUAUGGCCCGGGACAGCUGACCGAGAAGCGAAUCUACCUCAGCAGUAAACUGCCGUCCUGGAUUAAAGCGUUCGUCCCGCGAUUCUUCUAUGUGACAGAAAAGGCCUGGAACUUCUACCCGUACACCAUCACAGAGUACUCAGUAUCAUUCCUCCCCAAGUUCAGUAUCCGUAUUGAGACGAGAUUCGAGAACAACAAUGGUGAUAACGACAAUGUGUUUGGGGACACGCCGACCCCAGCAGAGAAUGUGAGUUUCCUGGAUAUCCUGAGUGACCCCAUCCCUGAAAAGCACUACAAAGAGACGGAGGACUUGAGUUGCUGGCAGUCGAGUAAAACUGGUCGAGGGCCUCUGGAGAAAGGCUGGAGAGAAGAGCAUAAGCCCAUUAUGUGCUCCUAUAAGAGGGUGCAGUGCAGCUUCGAGGUGUACGGCUUCCAGACCAGAACCGAGGAUUUCAUACACAAAAACAUCCGGGACAUUCUUCUGGUCGGCCACAGGCAAGCAGUAGCGUGGAUAGACGAAUGGCAUGGACUGAAUUUGGAGGAGGUGAGAGAGUACGAGCAUGCGAUGCAAGAGAAGACCAACAGCAAAGUCAAAUCCAACCAGAACAACACAGGCCCACCGGCUGCUUCUCGUCCUGCCUUCUCUCGCUCCAUCUCAGUGACAGACGAGCGUUCCCUGAAGAAGAUGGGAGUGACGACUGCGGCCAUGUCUGACCCCUCUGCCUCCUCUGUGCCGCACGGUCCCCUUCGCCUCAACUCCACCCCUGAAUGAUACCUCAAGCACAGACACACAAAUACAGUACAGUGUACAGUGCAUACACACAGAAGCCACUGUCAACAUUCACCAGAGUCAUGUGAUGUUAUUUCUCAACCACCAACACACCACAUGCAAACACUGAUAAUAACAUAAUUCUAAAUGUAAUUAGUUUAUACGCUUUAUCACUUUCUCUGGGGAGAGUCAGAUGAGAAGAUCAAUACUUUCAUAUCUGUCAGUUAAAUAUAAAUCUACAGUCAGCAGCUGGUUAGCUUAUCUCAGCAGAAAGUGGGAACAGGAGGAAAAAUCACUUAUUAACACGUUUAACAUCUUGUUUGAUUAAUCUGUACAAAAAAAGAAAAUCUAAAAAUAACAUUAUGGGUGUUGAUGUACUGGACAAUUUAUGAUUAUAAUAUUAUUGCAUAUUAUAUUAUGAACUGAGCUGAAUCUUUGUUUUUACAUGUUUAUGUUUGUUUGGAUUAAACAAAUAACGUCUUAAUAAAUUAUCUUUAAAUGUGCUGGUAGGUGGAUUUUGGAACCAUUAGACAGAGUGAAGCUAGCAGGGGAGGAGGGGUUUCUUUGUUUUUGUGAUAAGCUAAGCUAACUGGCUGCUGUCUCGUUUAUCAUACAGAUAUGAGAACGGUAUCGAUCCUUUAAUCUAACUCUCUGGCAGAGAGCGAAUGAGUGUAUUUUUUAUUAAAUUAAAUUAUUUAUUUCUUCUUAUGUACAUGUAGUUGGUGCAUGAUACAAUCAGACAAAUGCCGCACAAACGCACAAUAUUACACAAACCUUAUGUGCCUACUCAGAUCAUUUCUACUGUUGUCAUCGAAAAGCCUUCCAUUGUAUUCAGACAUGGUGGAACUCAACGAUCACCAGCAGGGCUCUCCGAUUGUUUCCCAGCCCCCGGCCAGCAGCCUACAGACAGAUGCAUAAGGAGUUUAAUAGAGUGGAUCUAAUGAGAGAGCAGAGGAGAACUGGGGAGGUUGUCAAUGCUAUGGAUCUUCUCCCCUCUCCACCUCAGCCAAUAGGUCAGACCAGGUGUAUUGACAGAGGGCAGUGAAGCGUUGUAUUGGUUCCUUGAUCAUUUAGCUGAGAGCUGCAAAGGGGUCAAGCCAGGGAUAUUAUGAGUCAAUGAUAUGAGCAUUUAUAAGACUAUCAACUUAAUUUUUUAAUGAACAUUUAGAGGAAAAAAUGGUUCUCAUCAUCAGGAAUCAAUGAUGAAAUAAUACACUUUGCUGUUGCCUUAUUUGUAAAAAAAAUAUUCAGCUUGAAGAAAGUAUGAAAAUUAAUCAAAUGUAAAAUGUAUGUGAAAUGACACUGUUCAGUCUUUUGUAAUGGAUUUUUAUCAAUAAAUUCACUUUCUUUCUAGG